AUGAAGGCAUUCGAUGAUAGAUUCGAAGACUUUUCUGAAAUAGGAAAACUAUCACAAUUCUUAAAAACCCCUUACGAUGUUCUCCCAGACGGAGAAUGGACUGAUGUAGCUGAAAAAUUAUUUAAUCUUUCAAAGUCAAAACUCCAAAUGGAAAUAAUAGACCUACAGGAAGAUGUUUCCUUGAAGCAGUACAGAAGUGCGUCAACUGAAGAAUUCUGGGCUAAAGAUGCCAUUGACAAGUAUUCAAACUGUAAGCAACUGGCAAUCAACUUGGCUACGAUGUUUGGUUCGACAUACAUUUGUGAGGCAUCGUUUUCAAAAAUUAAUUUUUUGAAAAAAAAAAUAUCGGACAAAAUUAACAGACUCUCACCUUGA